GGAAACUGCCCCCCAUCUUUUUAAUAUCCUCUCCUUUGAGAGUAGGUUUCAGUCAAGGUUUGGAAGAUUUCCGUGCUCAUACACACCUGAAGGUCAUUGCAAGCAGCAGCUCCAUUUGAAUGUUGCCCAAGGAAGAAGCAAGUCCAGUUAUAUGUCUUGCACAGUCCCUGUUGGCAUCCAUUUCAGAAAUCACAGAAGCAGUAGUAUGCAUAGAAUUAGAAAAAGAAAAUUUUCUUGAAUUUGGAUGCUACUUUUACCGGGCUUCUUUCACCAUAAUGGAGUUACUGUCAGCUGAGAGUUUCCCGGCAAAUGUAAUGGAGAUUCUACAAACUCUAUCCAAAAAUGUUGAUUUGGCCAAGGAUCUUGUGAAGAGGUGCCAAGAAGGAACACGUCCAAUUUUGGACAGUGAACAGGGAAGCAUCAUAGCACAGCUUGAGGGGGUGAUAAAACAUGUGGGAGAAUGCCUGGGCCUGAUACCUGCAUCAUCAUUUGAAGACCAAGUAUAUGUAGAAGUCGCUAUCCGGUCUCUAUCAAAUGAGAUGCAGAAUGCUCAAUUUACAAUCAGGCAAACUCUGUCAUCCAAGACCUGUGAGCUCGAUUCACAUGCAUUGUCUUUGGAGAAGCAACUGAAGGAAGAACAAGUAUCAAUAGAGACAGACCUCUACCCCAUAAAUAUUGAGGAUUCUACAGAUAGUCAGUUCUUCGAUAUGCCUCAUGUCAUUGAAGCGCGUAAAAGCACUAGUUACAAAACCAAUAGAAAACUUUGGAACAUGAGCAGAUCCUUAUCCACAUUGCCACUGGUGGCUCAGGAGAUAGAGCCUCUUUAUGGAACUUUCUUUUGUCCUCUUAUGAAGAAGAUCAUAGAUGACCCUGUCACCAUAGAAACUGGAGUGACUUAUGAAAGGAAGGCAAUAAGUGAGUGGUUUGAGAAGUUCAAAAACUCAGAGGAGAUUUUCUGCCCAAUCACAGGGCAUAAGCUGGUAACUAGAGAUCUCGUCACUAAUAUAGCUCUGAAGUCUACAAUAGAUGAGUGGAGAGAAAGGAAUGAAGUAGCCAGGAUCAAGGUUUCCCAGGCAGCUUUGUCUUUAGCCAGUUCAGACGGUAUGGUACUGGAAGCAAUAGAAGAUUUGCAAAGUAUCAGCCAAGGUAGACAAUACAGCAGGAAACAAGUCUGCAGUGAUGGAGUAUUGGCAUCACUCGUUAAGUUUCUACAGUACAAAAACAUAGAUGUUGUCUGUGCAGCACUGGAACUACUACGACUACUAUGUGCAGAGGAAGAUGAUGGCAUCAAGGAAAUCAUUUCCAAAAAAAUGGAUAUUUCCACAGCAAUCAAAAUGCUGUCGAGAAGUCAUCAGCGUGUAAGGCAUGCAUCAUUGCUGUUCUUGCUUGAGCUUUCAAGAUCCAAAUUUAUGUGUGAGAAAAUUGGGUCGGUUCCUGGAGGAAUUCUAAUGCUGAUAUCUCUUAAAUACAAACCUUCCAUCGACGUCUUUGCUUCAGAAAAAGCAGAUGAAACCCUCAGGAACUUAGAGAGUUCACCAAAUAACAUUAAGCGCAUGGCAGAAUGUGGACUUUUGGAGCCCCUUCUAAAACACCUUGUUGAAGGUUGUGAAGAUAUGAAAAUGGAAAUGGCGAGCUAUCUUGGGGAAAUUGUUCUCGGACAUGACAGCAAAACCUACGUGGCUGAGAGGGCUUCUCCCCCUCUCAUCAAAAUGGUUCGUAGUGGGAACACUUUGUGCAGAAGGGAAGCAUUUAAAGCUCUAUCUCAAAUCUCAUCCUAUCAACCAAAUGGAAAAAUACUUGUAGAAGCUGGACUAGUACAAAUUAUGUUUGAAGAGAUGUUUACCAGGAGAAUCUGUGACGAGCCUAUGAACUCAACUAUAGAAGCAGCUGCAAUACUAGCAAAUGUAUUUGAAUCUGUGCUUGAGCUUGAGAACCUCCAAGUGAAUACUCGUGGACACACCGUGUCUUCCAACUACGUUGUAUACAACAUCAUUAACAUGGUAAAGAACUCAACCCCUGAUGAUCUCAACAUCAACCUUAUCAGAAUUCUCUUAUGCCUGACAAAGACACCAAAAUCAACAGCCUCCAUUGUCUCAGCUGUCAAAACGACUGAUGCAAGCUACACCCUGACUGAAUUCACCAAUAAUCCAGAUGAUGAACUUGGGAUAGCAUCAAUCAAGCUACUUGGUGCACUUUCACCCUACAUGGGCCAUACACUAAUAGAAAGACUUUGCAAAACAAGAGGCCAUCCUGAGAACCUAAUCCAGAGCCCAACUGAAGUAACUCAAAUCACAGAGAGACAUGCAGUUUCAGCAAAAUAUUUAGCACAACUCCCUCACCAAAACCUCACACUCAACCUAGCUCUUCUAAGCAAGAAUGCAGUCCCUACUAUCCUACAAACAAUCAAUCAAAUCCAAAGAAGUGGAACAAGGUCAAGCAGGUAUGCAAAUGCUUACUUGGAAGGACUAGUGGGCAUUCUAGUCAGAUUCACAGCAACACUGUAUGAACCUCAAAUGCUGUUUCUUGCAAGAAACUACAAUUUCACGUUAGUGUUCUCAGAAUUGCUGAUGAAAACAUCAAGUGAUGAAGUUCAAAGGUUAUCAGCAAUAGGAUUGGAGAAUCUCUCGACAGAGUCAAUAAAUCUAUCAAAACCACCACAGAUCAAGAGAACCAAGAUUAUGAAGCUAUUCUACUUACCAAAGUUCCUAUCUUUUGGUUCAUCAAAGCGGAGGAAAAUACCAGUGUGCCCAGUUCAUCGAGGGGCAUGUUCUUCGCAAAACACAUUCUGUUUAGUUGAUGCCAAGGCAGUUGAGAGGCUGUUGGGAUGUUUGGACCAUGACAAUGUAGAGGUGGUUGAUGCUGCAUUGUCAGCUAUAUGUACAUUGUUGGAUGACAAAGUUGACGUAGACAACAGUGUAAGCAUGUUGAGUGAAGUAAAUGCCAUAAAGCACGUUCUGAACGUGGUGAAAGAGCACCAGCAAGAGGGUCUGUGGCAAAAGUCACUUUGGGUUAUUGAGAAAUUUUUAAUGAAAGGCGGUGACAAGUCUGCUUCAGAUAUAUCGCAGGACAGGUUGUUUCCUGCCACAUUGGUGAGUGCUUUCCAUCAUGGAGAGGGUAGUACAAGGCAGCUAGCUGAGAAGAUUUUGCGGCAUUUGAACAAGAUGCCAAAUCUCUCUACUUACAACCCUGUCAUGUAAAAUCCUCUCUCUCUCUCUCUGGUCUUAUUGAAACGCUGCAGUUGACGACGUCUUAUGGUUCCAAGUUGCCCAAGAGUGGUGUUGCUUUGCAUAGUUGAAGUUGUGAUUUGAAAGGAGUAACGUGUAAAUCGUACACUUCUUAACAUGCUAUCUGACGACUUUGAAUGUUUCUAGUUAUUCAUCGACGUGUUUUUUAAGAACUGAAAUCCCCUACAAUUUUCUUUUUAUUCACACACAUUCUACAAUUCACAAAAAGAUAAACACAUCACACGCCGUAUCUAUUUCUCUUCUAAUUGUAGAAUGUGUUUCGGUUAGAAAUUAUA